AUGCUAUUGUACUAUUUAGCAGCAAUAUUCAAAGGUCUUCAUCCAAGAGUAGAUGAUGACUUCGUUGACAAGUUGAAUUACCACUACACUUCAGCAAUAAUAUUCGCGUUCGCUAUUAUUGUUUCCGCGAAACAAUACGUCGGUUAUCCGAUUCAAUGCUGGGUGCCCGCACAGUUCACCGACGCUUGGGAACAGUACACUGAAAACUACUGCUGGGUUGAGAAUACCUACUAUUUACCACUCACGAGUGCUUUUCCAUUGGAGUACGGGGAUCGCAGGUAA